CCCACGUGAUAGCUGCGCUGUGCCGUAAAAUGGGCAUUAGCCAAUGAAAGGCGGACCCUGUGGUAAAGUCCAUUAGAACAGGGCGUUCUUGAUGACGUCACAAAACACUGAACUGAGUGGUUAGAUAAAGCUAUAAGGUCUACUUUCUCGCCUAAAAACAAAUUUAAAUGAGUUUUUGUGGCAAUUGUGGUAAAAAUGCAAUACAUUUCUGUACUGACCUCUAUUUACCGCUGCUGGUGGCGCAUUGCAUUGUGGGAUACCUUGCUGCCUCAAGUCCGCAGAAGGAUGCAUUGAUGCAUCCUCGAUAAAAUGGGCGGAGCAAGAACACAUCCGGGUACUUUGAGCGUUCUUGCUUGGAUGUGUACUUUGAAUUGGAACAGUACUUGGGUCGCUGUCGAUGACGUUUCACGAGGAGGCGAGAACACAAGUACAGACAAGAACGCAUAUUGAGAAACGGCCUCACUCAAUCCAACCCAAUCCAAUCCACCUUUAUUUAUAAAGCACUUUAAAACAACCACAGCUGAUUCAAAGUGCUGUACAUUAAAACACAACAUAACAAUAAUAAAAAUAAAAUAAAAACUCUUACAGUUUAAAAACAAAAAACAUACAAAGUUUGCCACACAUUGUGCAAACUUUGAUGGAAAUACUUCUUUCUCUGUUUACUCAUGAACAAACACGCCUGUGGUGAAGCCUUCAUGCUUCUUCCUCUUUAUAACUAGACGGGUUGGUCACACAAACAUAGUUUGACUUCACGUCACACAAAGGAAACAAGAUCUGUUGAGUUGAGGGGGAAGGGCUUAGUUUUUCUGUCAGUUUCAUUUACCUAGAAGCUACGAUGGUAAGCGGAUAUAAUUGUGUGUGAUUAUUUUUGCUGUUACCAUUAGGUUUAUCUUUAAUAUAUAUUUGUAGAUUUUAAUAAAUUUCUAGUCGUAGUAAUCAUCAAUAAAAUGUGCUUUUUUAAUAUAUUAAUUCAAUUGUUUCACAUUUGCAGGCUGCUGAGAAGAAACAGAAAGAGGAAUAUAAGGACUACAGUGGCGUUUUCCAAAAAAAUGCUUUCCUACUUAUUGAUAAAAUGGUGGAAAUGACUUCACUCAUUCAAGAAGACACUUCAGAACUAGUGGAUGAGAUCCUUCAUAGCAUCUUCUUUUUGGGGGAAAUUACCCAUCCAGAGUUUUCACCCAGACAAGUUUUUGUUAAUGACACUGACAUGUUUGAUUACUUAAAGGAAGCCCAUCCAGAGCCUUUCAGGCUUUAUUCCUCUCAACUACCAAGAAGGAGUCCAUUUUCAUGUGUCCUGGACAUGGUUGUUCAUCUGGAAGGACAAGAGAACGUGAAUGAAAUUAGAACAAAACUGCAGGGCCUCACCCAAGAGUUGAUGAAAGAUGCUUUUAAAAAAAUUUUGUAUUCCACCACCAUCUGCAUCUCUGGUGACAACACAGAUUCAGUGAGGCACUAUGGAGUCUCCAUGUCCACCACUGGUCGUCCUGCAGGCCAAAUCCUGGUUGCUGCAUCCUGCCUUAACUUCUGGGAGCAACAUGUAGCUGAUGCGGUGAUGAGCUACUAUCCAAACAGGAAGAAAUACUUUGAUGUAACCAUCCAAAUUCCUGCAGAUGUCACAUGUGAAGCCUUUAACCUUGGAAGCAGAGAAGAAAUAAGUCCCUGCCUUUCUUGCAAAAAUAUGUUUGGCCUGUAUACAACUGAAACACAGUCGUGGCCCUAUGGCAACUGUGCCGAAGUUGAAAGUUUGAGUAACUUGCUUAGAAAGGAAGAAGUUAGAGAGCGAGUACAAAGAAUUGGAAACUGGACAAAAGAAAACAAGGAAAAGGUUACACAUGCUGUUAUCAAUCAUCUUAGAAGAGAACUGAAGAAGGUUGGCUUUGAAUGGGACAACCAGUUCUACAUUGCACAAAGGGCAAGAGCUGAAAAUGAUGGUGAGGAAGAACCUCUGCUAGAAUAGGCUUUUACACGAUGAAGAGCAGAUAUUAAAAUGACUCAACUGUAAAGUCACAAACAUGUGAGACAUGUCAACAGUUGGGAAUGGGAAGCCAUUUUUAAUCUUUUUUGCAAAAUGCAAAGCAUAACAUUUUUUGGGGAAAAAAUAUUAUUAAGGUUAAACAUGUAAUUCAUUGUGCAGUCCAUGCUUAGCCUCUCAUUAUGGCAAAUCACUUCAAACGACCGUGUCUCUCCAAUUUGAAAAUGUGGCCACAUUUGAUCUGUUUGCUGUAUGGCUCUUCACUGCAUAAUGAAGUUGUGUCUCUGCACUGUUACUUGUAUUUCAUACACUGUGUCACAAGUUAUCUUUUCAUGCAUUUCCUAUGAUUUAUUCUAUCCUAAAGCACUUCGGGGCAAUGUUAUUGUUGGAAGAGCUUUGUUGGUUAGUGAUAACUAUUUAUGUGGCAAAGUCAUGCAUAUUUAUUAAAAAUCCAAGAAAAG